CUUUUGUUUCGGGCUUAUGUUGCCCAACCUAAUGUCCUCAGGGUUCUUCCACGUUUGCAUGCAUCAGGACUUCAUUCCUUCUUACAGCUGCAUAAUAUUCGAUUGUAUGUAUACACCACAGUUUGUUUAUCCACUCAUCAGUUGAUGGACACUUGGGCUGUUUCCAUCUGUUGACAGUCAUGAAUAAUACUGCUAUAAAUAUUGGUGUGCAAAUGUCUAUUCAUGUCCCUGCUUUCCAUCCUGCGAAGUAUGUACCUAGUAACAGGAUGGGCAAUUGAUUUUUGACAAGGAGGCCAAGACAUUCAUUAGGAAAGAUUGGUCUCUAACAAGUGGAGCAGGAUAUCCACUUGCAAAAGAGUGAAGUUGGACUGUUAUCUCACACCGUAUACAAAAUUAACUCAAAAUGAGUCAGAGAACUAAAUAUAAAAGCUAGCACUAUAAAACUCUUAGAAGCAUGGAAGUAAACCUUCCUGGCCUGAGAUUUGGCAAUUAUUUCUUAGCUACAACACCAAAAACACAGGCAAGAAAAGAAACAAUAGGUAAAUUGGACUUGAUCAAAAUUUAAAACUUCUGUGCUUCAAAAGACACUAUCAGGUCACCUCAGCUCUGAAAGGGCUGGGCUUGAGAGAGGAUCAACAUGCCUUUGGCUAGAGGUUUACUACAUCCGUGCUUGGAAGAGGAAAAGAAAAAACAUAAAAAGAAACGGCUAGUUCAAAGUCCAAAUUCUUAUUUUAUGGAUGUAAAAUGUCCAGGUUGCUACAAGAUUACUACGGUUUUCAGCCAUGCUCAGACAAUGGUUCUUUGUGUAGGUUGUUCAACAGUGUUGUGCCAGCCUACAGGAGGAAAGGCCAGACUCACAGAAGGAUGUUCAUUUAGAAGAAAACAACACUAAUGAUCCAUACAACUUCCUGAAUUUGUGUUACAUCGCAGAAUGCCUUAACAAUUUAGUUAACCUACCAAGACAAUGGAAUUAUGUUUGAUUUUGUAAGGUAUACAGCAGUGAUUUCCUAUUUUGGUGUCAGUUUUUCAAUAAAGUUUUGAUUAUGAAAAAAAAAAGACUAUCAAGAGAGUGAAAAGACAGCCUACAGAUUGGGAGAAAAUAUUUGCUAAUCCUGUAUUUGUUAAGAGGACUCAAAUGACAGUUCUCCGAAAAAGUUAUAGAUUACCAAUAAACACAAAAGAUGCUCAACAUCAUUAGUUAUUAGGGAAAUACAAAUCAGAACCACAAUGAGAUACCACUUCACACAAACUAU